AUCACUACGCUCCCUUGCUAUAAAUGCGGUUCUACUCCAUUUUGCUCGACUUAGAAGUUAGAAAUACCUGAAUUCUCUCUCAUCUCACCCUUGAUAAUAUCAAUAAUCUUAUUGGUCUGUCAAAAAUGGCUACAUCAACGCCUGUCACCGAAGUCAAGGUGGAGGAUUACGUCUUCCCGCCGACAGUGAAAGCUCCGGGCUCCGAUAAGUCGUUUUUCCUCGGUGGUGCAGGGGUUAGAGGAUUAGAAAUACAAGGAAAUUUUGUAAAGUUCACGGCAAUUGGAGUAUACUUGGAGGAGACUGCAAUUUCAGCUUUGGCUAGUAAGUGGAAGGGUAAAACCUCUACUGAGUUGGUCGAAUCUGUUGAAUUUUUCCGUGAUAUUGUUACAGGUCCAUUUGAGAAAUUUACUCAUGUUACCAUGAUUUUGCCAUUAACGGGACAACAAUAUUCAGAAAAGGUGACAGAAAACUGCGUUGCAUUUUGGAAGGCCAUCGGUAUCUAUACCGACGAUGAAGCCAAGGCCGUCGAGAAGUUCCUUGAAACCUUUAAGGAUGAGAAAUUUCCACCAGGACACUCUAUUUUGUUUACACAAUCACCUCAUGGAUCUCUUACGAUUGGGUUUUCCAAGCAUGAUAGCAUUCCAACUGUCGGAAGUGCUGUGAUAGAGAACAAAAACUUGUCAGAGGCUGUAUUAGAAUCUAUCAUCGGCAAACAUGGUGUUUCUCCUGAAGCGAAACAAUGUAUUGCCGCGAGAGUUUCAGGAUUAUUGAAUCCAGAAAAUGCAGAAGCAAAUUCAACGAAUGGAGUCGAAAGUGAGAAGAGUGCAAAGGUUGAUACUGAAAAAUUGUCCGGACAAGAGGACAUAAAAUCAUAAAGAGACGUAUUUUAUGCUGCAUAUUGGAUAUAACCUCGUUGUAGUAUCCAUGAAGUUGUACUUGCAUUGCUAAAAUAAAAUAAAAUAAAACGUUUUUGUCUCUAAA